AUGUUCAGGAAGAUAAACGCCGUGUUCCGGCCCAAUCACGGCCACCGAGGCCGCGAGGACGACUACCACAGCGCCUGCACGGUCAAGCUGGUGCGCAGCACGUCUAUGCUGGUGGUAGGAGAGGCCCGCGGCGGCAGAGCAAGCCAGACGCAGCGUGAGCUGGACGCCACACUGAAGCGCAGCAAGAGCUCGGUGACCCUGGAGUCCACCACCACCACCAGCACCAGCACCACCAGCACCACGACGGCGCUGUUCUACUACCACACCCAGCAGGACCAGAUCUGGCUCUACUCACAGAACCAGGACUGCCUGCAGUACCUGCAGGAGCUGGUGGCCCUGAGGCGGCAGUACACCCAGAGCAUCAUGAACAUCCAGAACGCGGAGCGGAGGAACUCACUGGCGUUGGAGGCCAAGAAGAAGGCCGCUCCACAACCACCACGGGCCAAAGCCGCUCCUGCGAGAGCUGAGCCCACCGCUCCUCCGAUUCCUAACGAAGAGGACACGCUCCAAUUCUUGGACUCCGUCAUAGCCAGCUGUGAUCCGGAGCCCAGACGCAAGCCCAACAUGGACGACGGCCACGCUGAUGUGGACUUUGUCGUGGCUACCAGCACCAGUGAGCAUGACCUCCACUCUAACUGGGUUAUGCGAGACCCGCGUCGGUUCUCCAUGGAUGAGUCCCGGCUGCGUCACCCAGAGCCCAAACUGGAGCCAGGGCCGAACCCCCCCACUGGCAGGCGCAAGGGCCAGAGUGGUACCGCCAGCGGCCGCCGACUCCAACGAAACCCCAUACACCUGCCCAAGGUGGUGGAGAGCGCCUUUCAGACACUCCGCUUCAAACCCAAACUCAAGAAGAAGGACUAAGCCUUUCAGACACCCCGAUUUAAACCCAUCUGGAUCUGUGAGAAAGAAUUUGUCUGUUUUGUGUUUAACAUUUCCACCCUUCAGGUCUUCAUGUGGUCUCAUAUGAGCAUAAGAGGGCUGAUUAUCAUAGGGAGAGACCCUCAGAGGCGAUGGGCUAGCAUGGGGUGGAUAAGUGGAGGCUAACAGACUAGCAGACUGGACAAUGGGACUGGACAUGUUUGAAAAGGAGAAUGACUACAUGACUAUAUUCGUUGUGACAUGUCAUUUGAAUGGAGA